CGGUGGAGAUACGGUGGUCCUCCGAUAUUUGAUACUGUGAACAAGCUCUUCGAAGAAGAAAGAACCCAUCUAAUAUGGCUAUUAGGGAAGAGAGAGAUAAGUACAGAUCUGUCCUUGAACAUUCAGGACAGGUCCAAUGGAGGUAUGGUCACCCUCCAGCCUUCGAUACUGUGAACCAGCUCUUUGAAGAAGGCCAGACCAAGGUAUGGCCGGAAGGGUCCUUGGAAGAGACGGUUCAAAAUGCGAUCAAGUCAUGGGAGAUGGAGUUCUCACACAAGAUCCGUUUACAAGACUUCAAAACCAUAAACCCUGACAAGUUUAAGCUCUUUGUCAAUGGAAGAGAAGGAUUAUCAGCUGAAGAAACGCUUAGGCUUGGGAGUUACAAUGCUUUGCUCAAGAACUCUCUGCCUGAAGAGUUUCAGUACUAUAAGCCAGAGGAUGAGACUUUCGAGUCAUCACAUGACGCCUUUAGAUCAGCUUUACCACGCGGAUUUGCGUGGGAAAUACUAUCUGUGUACUCGGGGCCGCCUGUUAUAGCAUUCAAGUUUAGACACUGGGGAUACUUUGAAGGAAAUUUCAGAGGUCACGCUCCUACUGGGGAUUUGGUUCAAUUCCUCGGCCUGGGAGUUCUAAAGGUUGAUGAAUUUCUUAGAGCAGAGGAGAUUGAGAUUUAUUAUGAUCCAGGAGAGCUGUUCGGGGGAUUGCUCAAGGGAAAUCCUAUAUCAGAGACCAAAACCACAGACAGUGGAGACAAAGCAGAGAAACAAAUCUGCCCCUUCACACAUUAAGAAAAUCUUAGGCUCUACAAAUGUUUAUCUUCCAUAUUGCAUUGGGUUAUACAGGAAAAUAAGGAAAGCAGAAGUGUGGGUAGACCAACCUUUGAAGAAUAUAUUUGUAACAGUCACUUUGGUUUUUGGUGCAUGGAAUAAGUUAUAGUUAUGUUCCCAGGCGUCACAAUGAUAUUACAGAUAA